GACAGUUCCCAGUUUCUUUCUGUCUGAUCCCCAUCACCCUCCUCACCCCAUCCCUUCCCCCUACAGCUAACAGGCAGGAGCCCCGCUGAGAUCUGCCGGGCGUGCGGGGCGGGGCAGGAGGACGCCUGCGGGUUGCCUCCUGGAGCCUGACAUCUAGACUGAAGACUGCUCAGCGACACCAACGAGCCCGGACGCCCUCGAGCUUGCCUUGCCCACUGGUACCUAGCUAGAGAGGGAGGAAGUGGACCGAAGAGUCGGGAAAUACUGCUAGGCGAGUUUACCCACAUCAGCACCAUGGACAACGCACGCAGAAAAACUCCAGCUCGGCUGGAUGCUGCCUGCUUCUGGCAGAUCUGGCAGCGCUUCGACAAGGAAGAAAAAGGUUACAUAAGAGAGACAGAGCUGGAUGCCUUCUUUGAUCAUUUGCUGGCAAAAUCUGGCACUGAGGACACUCUUAUGGAAGAAAAUGUGCAGAAAGUGAAAGAACAGUUGAUGACCAGCCACAACGUCUCUAAGGAAGGCCGCAUACUGAUGAAAGAGCUUGCCAGUAUGUUCUUAUCUGAAGAUGAAAAUUUCCUCCUGUUCUUUCGCCUGGAAACUCCCUUGGAUAACAGUGUAGAGUUUAUGCAGAUUUGGCGCAAAUACGAUGCGGACAGCAGUGGUUUCAUAUCAGCUGCUGAGCUUUGUAACUUUCUUCGAGACCUUUUCCUCCACCACAAAAAGAACAUUUCCGAGGCUGAACUGGAAGAGUAUACUAGCACCAUGAUGAAGAUCUUUGACAAAAAUAAAGAUGGACGUUUGGAUCUUAAUGACUUGGCAAGGAUUCUGGCGCUCCAGGAAAACUUCCUUCUUCAGUUUAAAAUGGAUGCUUCUUCUACUGAAGAAAGGAAGAGGGACUUUGAGAAAAUCUUUGCCCAUUACGAUGUUAGUAAAACUGGAGCCCUGGAAGGCCCAGAAGUGGAUGGAUUUGUCAAAGAUAUGAUGGAGCUGGUCCAGAGCUCCAGGGAGUUGACAUUCUGUGACUGAGGAGACAAAGGCACAGUUCUGUCUGACAUCCAUUCCAGAUCACUGCCACAUCUUCUGUGGCUCCCAAGUUAUUUUCCUCCUCCCAGUGAUUCCUCAACUGCCCUUCCCUUUGCUCUGUAGCUCUAGCUGCUCUCCCCCUUGUCUUCUGACUCCCAUUGAAAUAACACAGGCAUUUCCCCACCAAAAUAAAUGACAGAUAUUUGUGUGGUGUUUCCUUUAGAAAUGAUAGCUAAAGGACAAUCUAUAUCGUCCACUACCUCUUCUAUAGCUUAAGUAAUAGAAACAAAGAAAUCAUCUCUGGGAUAUUAAAGUUUCAUGGCAGAUGGAUCGGCCAAAUUUGAGUUUUAGUUUGCUCUGAUGGACUCAAAAACUAGGCUUAUUGCCUAGUUUCCUGUGUGUCAAAGAACCAGGGUCCUGACUGAGCAUAGACCCGGGGCUUCCAUAAUCAGGCAAGGAGCUUGAUCUGGUAUUCCUCCAUGGUCUCCACACAGAGGAGAGCAUCCCAUGUGCAAGUCAACUAGAGCUAUUCUGAAAUCCUCUCCUGUGUAGAACUUGGAAAGCACUCUCCAGACACUACGUAAAGGACAACAUUUAGUUGGGGCUGGCUUAGAGUUUCAGAGGUCUAGUCCAUUAUCAUAGUGGUAGGAAGCAUGGCAGCAUGUAGGCAGGCAUGAUGCUAGAGGAGCUGAGAGUUCUGUAUCUUUAUCCCAAGGCAGCCAAGAGAGCAUUUUUUUCAUAGGCAGUGAAGAAGAGACUCUCUUCCACACUGGAUGGAGCUUGAACACAGGUCCUCAAAGCUCACCCCCACAGUGAUGAAUUUCCUCCAACAAGGUCAUACCU